UCAUCAACUUGUGUCUGCACAACGUCCAAUGAAGUUCUUGUAACAUCGGUAAUGUCUUUUUAAUCGGACGUCGGAGGAUUUUCGGCCGAACAGCUGGGCUUAACGGGUUUUUCGUGCGUGUCCGACGAUAUUUGGAUUACUGCAUUUCACGCAUUCCUAUCGUCACAUAUUAUAAUGCCACGAGGAAAGUUCGUGAAUCAUAAAGGCAGAAACCGGCACUUUACGAGCCCGGAAGAACUAGAGGAGCAACGACGCCAGGAGGAGAAGAAGCAGCAGUGGAGAAAAAAUAAGGGACAGGAAAGUUCUAGUGAAGAAGAAGAUGAUGAAGAACCCAAAGCCAGUGGAGCCAAUAGGUCAAAGAAUCUUAGCGCAACAGAUAGUGAGAGUGAAUCAGAAUCAGAUUCGGAAACGGAGGGAGGAAAAGCUAAAGGCGUAGAGAAUCUAAUUCAGGUAGAAAAUCCAAACAGGGUACAAAAAAAAACAAAAAAGUUGUCGCAGUUGAAUCAGUCGCUCGAUGCGAAACCAGAACUAUCACGAAGAGAGAGGGAACAACUUGAGAAACAGAAAGCGUAUGCAAAUUAUCAGAAAUUACAUGCAGCCGGUAAAACAGAUGAAGCUCGAGCGGACCUGGCUCGAUUAGCCAUAAUUAAGCAGCAGAGAGAAGAGGCAGCGAAGCGACGGGAGGAGGAGAAGAAACAGAAAGAACAGGCGCAACAGAGGAAGACCGAACUGACGCAGAAAGCACUAGGAAAGAAGUCCUAGAACGAGGGUUAAUGAAGAGAAAUGAUCAUUGCAAUAUUAAUAUCCCAACGUCGGUUCCCAUACCGAUGGGAUACUAUUAAAGAUCGGCGGUCUUACGGAAGUGCGACAUGCAUAGCUGUUGAUGGCAGCGUUCAGCGAACACAACGAUUUAAGUACUCGACUUUUGGAAGAUUAAUAUGAUCCCUAAAUUAGUAAAAGAAGACGAAUGAGAAUAACGACAACGUAGAUCUAAAAGUAUCCACCAAACAUAAAGAAUUUUUACCGAACGUUUGUACAACCGUUGUGUUCGCUGAACGUAGCCAAAGUGAUCGCGCGUUUAGAGAACUUUAGAUACAUCGGAAAACACAGACGAUUACGACACUACUAUAUUGUUAUCCUCGAAUCUUUUUGGCAAUCUUCAAGUUUUAAUCAAGACCGACGAUAUUUUAAUAGUGCCUCGUCAAUGAUACCUCAUCGAGUUUCGACUAUUAAUAAAACACGAUUAACUGGUUCGUGCGUUCGCUAUAAGAUGGGUAUACAAUGUACGAACGAAUAGCGAUUUCGAGUUUUCGCUGUUGCAAUUGGGAAGGUGCGUACACCGUUUAAAAACUAACACUUCUUUCUUACAUUGUAGUUUGGGAUGCAGCUGAUGGUCAGAUGAGAGAGUUUAUUUUGCGAAGACGAAUUCUAUCAUUGCAUCAUCGUUUGCGUUCCGAAACUGCAUCGAAAAUAAAGCGUUUAAAACGUAUUUUGAAACUUAGAGUAUACGUUAUAACAAAUGCGAAUAAAACAUUCGAUUCGCGUUCAAUCCGAUUUGCAUGUGAAGUGGUACAUCAAAGCGAGCUCGUGUGAACGCGAAUGUACGUUCAUUGUUCGUUAUUGUUGCUGCAAACUUGUACAUAGUUUCACUGUCAUAAGUAAACUAUGUACAAAACGAGUCCUCGAUAAUGCUGUUCGAUGUGAAUCAGAUGUAUCUCUGCAUCUUACAUAUUUAAAUGUAAUGUACAAAUUAUUGUGUCGUCCGAAUUUUUUACUUUCACCGCAAAUAUCGAAUCUAGUCGAUAUGAGACGCGAAGAAAACCAACCCAAAUACAAACGUACGAACAUUGAAGUUCGCUGUUUAUUCGUUGUUCGUUCGCUAAAUACAUACUCAUCUAUAUACGUUUUACGGCACGCUAAUUAACCAUUGUUUAUAUAAAUACAAUUAUUUGCAAUUACAUCUAUUAAUAUUAAAUCCA